GGAGCUGGGUUUUGGGGGAGAAUCAGAAAGCGGAGGGUAGCCGUGGGGGCCGGGCGCUCCGGUGCGGCGGCUUUGGCGGGUGCUCCAGCUGCCGUCCGCUCCGCCGAAGCGCGGAGGAGCCGAGCAGGGGCCCGCCGCCCUCCUCCUCCAUGAGGCCCCAGUGAGCUCGGCGGCGAGAGCCGGCCUGCGACGCCUCUCCCGGCGUCCUCUUCCGAGCGCAGCGGCGGUGGCCCCCGCAGGAGGAGGAGGAGGAGCAUGUCGGACGGUUUCGAUCGGGCCCCAGGUGCUGGUCGGGGCCGGAGCCGGGGCCUGGGCCUGGGCCGCGGAGGGGGCGGGCCUGAGGGCGGCGGUUUCCCAAGCGGAGCUGGGCCUGCUGAGCGGCCGCGGCACCCGCCGCCGCCGCAGCCCAAAGCCCCGGGCUUCCUGCAGCCGCCGCCGCUGCGCCAGCCCAGGACGGCCCCGCCGCCAGGGGCCCAGUGCGAGGUCCCCGCCGGCCCCCAGAGGCCUCCCCGGCCCGGGGCGCUCCCAGAACAAACGAGGCCCCUGAGAGCUCCACCUAGUUCGCAGGAUAAUAGCCCACAGCAGAAUUCGGAGUCAACAAUGGCUAAACCCCAGGUGGUUGCAGCUCCUGUGUUAAUGUCUAAACUGUCUGUGAACGCCCCUGAAUUUUACCCAUCAAGUUAUUCUUCUAAUUAUACAGAAUCCUAUGAGGAUGGUUGUGAGGAUUAUCCCACUUUGUCAGAAUAUGUUCAGGAUUUUUUGAAUCAUCUUACAGAGCAGCCUGGCAGUUUUGAAACUGAAAUUGAACAGUUUGCAGAGACGCUGAAUGGCUGGGUUACAACAGAUGAUGCUUUGCAAGAACUUGUGGAACUCAUCUAUCAACAGGCCACAUCUAUCCCAAAUUUCUCUUACAUGGGAGCUCGCCUCUGUAAUUACCUGUCCCAUCAUCUGACAAUUAGCCCACAGAGUGGCAACUUCCGCCAAUUGCUACUUCAAAGAUGUCGGACUGAAUAUGAAGUUAAAGAUCAAGCUGCAAAAGGGGAUGAAGUGACUCGAAAACGAUUCCAUGCAUUUGUACUCUUUCUGGGAGAACUUUAUCUUAACCUGGAGAUCAAAGGAACAAAUGGACAGGUUACAAGGGCAGACAUUCUUCAGGUCGGUCUUCGGGAGUUGCUGAAUGCCCUCUUUUCUAAUCCUAUGGAUGACAACUUAAUUUGUGCAGUAAAAUUACUGAAGUUGACAGGGUCAGUUUUAGAAGAUGCCUGGAAGGAAAAAGGAAAGACUGAUAUGGAAGAAGUUAUUCAGAGAAUUGAAAAUGUUGUCCUAGACGCACAUUGCAGCAGAGAUGUAAAACAGAUGCUCUUGAAGCUUGUAGAACUCCGGUCAAGUAACUGGGGUAGAGUCCAUGCAACUUCAACAUACAGGGAAGCAACACCUGAAAAUGAUCCUAAUUAUUUUAUGAAUGAGCCAACAUUUUAUACAUCUGAUGGUGUUCCUUUCACUGCAGCUGAUCCAGAUUACCAAGAGAAAUAUCAAGAGUUACUUGAAAGAGAAGACUUUUUUCCAGAUUAUGAAGAAAAUGGAACAGAUUUAUCAGGGGGUGGUGAUCCAUACUUGGAUGAUAUUGAUGAUGAGAUGGACCCAGAGAUAGAAGAAGCUUAUGAAAAGUUUUGUUUGGAAUCAGAGCGUAAGCGAAAACAGUAAAAUUAAAUUUCAGCAUAUCAGUUUUAUAAAGCAGUUUAGGUUAUGGUGAUUUAGCAGAACACAGGAAAGCAAGAAAAUGUGUCACACUUAUACCAAAUUAAGGAUGUUGAGUUAUGUUACUAAUGUAUGCAACUUUAAUUUUGUUUAACACUCUCUGCCAAAAUAAACUUUAUUCCCUAUAACUUAAAAUGUGUAUAUAUAUAUAAUAGUUUAUUAUGUACAGUUAAUUCCACUGUUUUGGCUGCAAUAAAAU